AUGCACAAGGUAACUUGGUUUAUAGACUGGAUAUGGUCGCGCAUAAAGGGAUACCCGCCCCCUGCUCUCGCGGGAAUGCGCUUGCAAUCACCAGAUGCUCAGGACAACGCGCUGAUGAUGCAAUUCUUUACCUGGGAAAGUCGACAUCCAACGAUGAGCUGGUGGCGACACUUUGAGGAGGAGGUGCCACAACUCGCUGAGUUGGGUGUGACCCAAAUAUGGCUACCUCCCCCAAACAAAGCUAUGGUCAAGACUGGGCAAGGAUACGACGCAUAUGACCUGUGGGAUCUGGGCGAAUUCUACCAAAAAGGCACUGUCGCGACUAGAUGGGGAACCAAAGAUGAACUCGUGCGGGCAGUCGAAACCGCCAAGGCCCAUGGGAUUGACGUCCUCAUCGAUGCUAUUCUGAAUCACAAGAUGGGUGGUGAUAGGAUUGAAUCGUUCAUGGCUGUUCCAGUCGACCCCAAGAACCGACUCAGAGAUCUCACACCUCCACGAGAGAUCGAGGGUUGGACGGCUUUUGAUUUUUCUGGAAGGCAGGGCAAGUACAGCAGCUUGAAGUGGACGCAGGAGCAUUUUACUGGCUUGGAUUGGGAUCAUCGAAAACGAUUGAAGGGAAUUUAUCGCAUCGUGGGUGGCUCGCAUAAGGGCUGGUCCCGCUUUGUCGACAGCGAGAAUGGUAACUACGACUACCUACUUGGCAUCGAUGUAAAUAUUCUUGCCAUUGAUCUGUUCACUCAUCGGUUCAUUGAUGCGCACAAUCAGAUUGACCACCGUCAUCUUGCGGUUCGGGAGGACCUUUUGGAGUGGGGCCGUUGGGUACUUCAGACGACAGGUGCAACGGGUUUCCGGUUAGAUGCGAUCAAGCACAUGGAUAGAUAUUUCCUACUUGACUUCCUUAGACAUGUACGUAAAUCUGCAGGCAGGGAAGAUCUCUUCGCUGUGGCCGAGUACUGGUCUGGAAAUCUGAAACAAAUCAAACCGUAUAUCUAUGCUUUCCAGGGCCUGGUCACCUUUUUUGAUGUGCCAUUACAUCAGAGAUUCCACCAGGCAAGCAAGGCAGGCCCGCGAUUCGACAUGCGGACAGUUUUCGACAACACCGUACUCAAGUUCAGGCCCGGUGAUGCCGUCACAUUCGUUGAUAAUCAUGACACGGUAGAUCUGAUGUCAAGGCAGACGCUAGAAAGUUGGGUGGGCAAUAGUUUCAAGCUUCAAGCGUACGCCCUGAUUCUCCUUCGUGGAGAAGGGCAUCCGUGCGUGUUCUACGGGGACAUUUAUCCCAACGACGAGUGCUAUAAUGAGCGCAUCGCCCGAGGGGUGCGGCGCUUGAUGGAAGCGCGGAAGAGGUUCGCAUAUGGCGAGCGCGUGGAUUACUUCUCCGCUCGCAAUUGCAUCGGCUUUGUGCGGAUGGGCGACGCUGCGCACAAGGGAUGUGCGGUUCUCGUCAGCAACGCUGAUCCGGUGAAUGGGUCGAAAGGCCGCAUAAAGAUGAACGUUGGAGCGAGGAACGGCGGGACCUUGUAUCAUUCCAUCAUGAAUUCUUCUGAGCAUGUAGAUGUCUCCCCAGAUGGGUGGGGUAUCUUUACUUGCCCGCCGGGACAUGUACAAGUAUGGGUAAGAAGUGACGCGUUUUUGUAA